AUUGCAGAACCGGCAUCAUGGUGCGCAUGAACGUUCUUGCGGAUGCGCUCAAAAGCAUCAACAAUGCCGAGAAACGUGGGAAACGCCAGGUUCUGAUCCGGCCGUGUUCGAAGGUCAUUGUACGUUUCCUGACCGUCAUGAUGAAGCACGGUUACAUUGGUGAGUUUGAGAUCAUCGACGACCACAGAGCUGGGAAAAUUGUCGUCAAUCUCACUGGCAGGCUGAACAAGUGUGGUGUGAUCAGCCCUCGUUUUGACCUCCAGUUGAAGGAUCUGGAGAAGUGGCAGAACAACCUCCUGCCCUCAAGACAGUUCGGAUACAUUGUGCUCACCACCUCAGCUGGCAUCAUGGACCACGAAGAAGCCAGACGAAAACACACAGGAGGGAAAAUUCUUGGAUUCUUUUUCUAAAAUGUAAAGAACUGCAAAAUAAAACACCAAAUCCAGUGGACUGGACUUUGUAAUUUGUCUUAUUAGAUUGCUACAGUCAAAAGCUCUAUGUAUUGGUACAAUGAGAAUGACAAAUGAGUCACAUAUAUACUGAACAAAAAUAUAAAUGACUAUUUCAAAGGUUUUACUGAGUUAGUUCAUAUAAGGAAAUCAGUGAAUUGAAAUAAAUUCAUUCGGCCCU